AUGGGCGGCCUUUUGACCAGUUGCCAAAGCGAAGAAGUUCGCGAACAACUUAGUAAAAACAAGGCUAUAGAAAAACAAUUAACAAGUGAUAGACGUGCUGCUUCUUCUAUUAUCAAACUUUUAUUGUUGGGGGCAGGAGAAUGUGGAAAAUCGACUGUGCUCAAACAAAUGCAAAUUCUACACAGUAAUGGCUUUACAGAAGAAGAAAUUAAUGAGCGCAAAGCUGUCGUUUAUUCAAAUACAGUGACUUCAAUGGCUGCUAUUUUAAAGGCAAUGGAUAACGUUCUACACAUGCCAAUGGAUGACGCUUCUAAAGAAAGAGAUAGAAAUUUAAUUUUUAGAGCUAUAGAGAAUGGAGAAGAAAAUCUUCCUUUUACUGACCCAAUUGCAAAGGCCUUACAAAAUUUAUGGGGAGACAAAGCUGUUAAAAAGGCUUAUGAAAUGCGCAGUGAAUAUCAGCUCAACGAUUCUGCUAAAUAUUUUCUCGACUCAGUCUCUCGUAUCCACGAACCUGGCUACAGACCCACAGAACAAGACAUACUCUACUCCAGGGUUGCUACUACAGGCGUUGUGGAAGUCAAAUUUAUUAUUAAAGGCAAUAUGGAAUUUAGAGUUUUUGAUGUGGGUGGACAACGUUCAGAACGUAGAAAAUGGAUUCAUUGUUUUGGUAAAUAUUUUUAAAAUAUCCUCUGAGCAAAUAAAAAUAAAUUACCCUCAAUAGGGGUCGAACCAUGGACCCUUCAUGUGUAAAAACCAAACACUUCCCCACUACACCAAAGAUUUUACUUAAAAUAAUUUUAAACAUUUUCUCUAACAAAAUAAAAAUAAAUACCCUCAUUGGGGUUCGAACCAUGGACCCUCUAGACGUUAAAACCAAACACUUUCCCACUAUCCCAAAGAUUAUUUUUUGAAAAUUUUGUCUAAA